GCUCUGGGAGUGUUUCCCAUUUAAACAAACACCGUUCUGCCGAAGAUGGCGGUGAGUUUGUAGAGGCGUCAAAGAAACUGCUCUGCUCAAUGAAACCGUCGAAGCCGGAGAUGUUACGACAUUAAAACAAGACCACAUCCUAAAUGGAGCUUGACUGGGGCUUGUACUGGCCAAGGUGCUGAUAUGUGCUGAAAAUGAGUGGUAUAGGAGACAACUCGCUGGAGCCGCUGUGCUCUGACCGCAAACGUAAACUGUCCACCUGUGACACUCCAGGCUUAGGGUGUGACAAGCGUCGGAGGGAACAGGAGAGCAAGUACAUCGAGGAGCUGGCCGAGCUCAUCUCUGCCAACCUCUCCAACAUUGACAGCUUCAAUGUCAAGCCUGACAAAUGUGCCAUCCUCAAGGAGACUGUGAGGCAGAUCAGACAAAUCAAAGAGCAAGGAAAAAGCUCGUGUAGUGAUGAUGAUGUCCAGAAGGCCGAUGUGUCCUCCACUGGUCAAGGGGUCAUUGACAAGGACCAUCUGGGACCGCUGCUCCUGCAGGCCUUGGAUGGCUUUCUGUUUGUGGUGAACCGAGAGGGCAGCAUCAUAUUCGUGUCAGACAAUGUGACCCAGUACCUGCAGUACAAACAGGAGGAGCUGAUCAACACCAGUGUGUACAAGAUCAUCCAUGAUGACGACAGGGAGGAGUUUCACAAGAAUCUACCCAAGUCCAUUGCACCAAAUGGGGCAUCGUGGGGUGGAGAAGCACCUCGGCAGAAGAGUCACACCUUCAACUGUCGCAUGCUGGUGAACUUUGGUCAUGGUCAGAGUAAUGGGUUGUCCGAUGAGAGACCUGGGGGCCAACGCUAUGAGACCAUGCAGUGUUUUGCUCUGACUCAGCCCCGGGCAAUGAUGGAGGAGGGAGAAGAUUUGCAGUCAUGUAUGAUUUGUGUGGCACGACGUAUUACUGCAGUAGAAAGAACUGAGAGGUUUAGCACUCGCCACGAACUGUCUGGUAAACUGAUUGAAAUUGAACAUCAGAGCUCUCUUCAUACCACCAUGCGCCCAGGUUGGGAAGAUCUGGUAAAGCGCUGCAUGCAAAUGUUCCUCCAUCACAGUGAGGGACAACCAUGGUCCUACAAACGUCACUAUCAAGAAGCGUUCCAUAAUGGCCAUGCAGAAACUCCACUCUAUCGUUUCUCGCUUCCUGAUGGUACCCUAGUCACAGCUCAGACCAGGAGUGACCUCUCCAGAAAUCCUAACCCCAAUGAACCACACUCUUUUGUGUCCACACACUUGCUUCAAAGAGAGCAAAAUAAUUAUCGUGGAAACCAAGGUGGAGGCAUGAGGCCUCAAAACAACCCCAAUCAACAGAUGAACAUGGGCCCUGGAGGAGGCAUGGGUAUGAACCGGGGCUAUGGCAUGGCUGAACAGGGCGGCAUGCCACACAGAGGAAUGCCUCCGUAUGUAGGCGGCAACUGCAUGAACCCCGUUAACCAGAUGAACCAAAUGAAUCCCAUGCAGCAAAUGAACAACACGGGUCAAAUGAAUCAAAUGAGUUCCAUGCAUUCAGUGAACUACCCCAUGAACUCAAUGAACCAAAUGGGUCCAGUGAAUCAGAUGGGUCACCGCAGCAUGCAUCACCAGCAGCACCCACAUCAACAACAGAUGGGUCAGUUCCAUGGAGGAGGACCAGGAGGUGCAGGGUAUGGAAUGGGAAUGACCAGUCCUCCCCAGGCCAGUCCAGGGAUUAACGGCCCCCCACACAAUGUCAUGGGUUCCCCUAGAGUCAGAGGAAGCCCCAAGAUGGGUACAAGCCCCUUCUCCCCUGGUGGUAUGAACUCCCCCAUUAGCUCCAGUCACCCUGGUAACUCUGGAGUGGGUGGAGGAGGAACCACCUUCUCAAGCAGUUCUUUGAACGCCCUCCAAGCCAUCAGUGAGGGAGUUGGCAAUCCUAUGCCUACCCCACUCACAUCUCCCCCACAACACAAACCUGACAGCUCCCCAAGCAUCAACUCCACCAACCAGUCAGCAGGGGGACCAUGCAAACCAGGCCUCCCGGCCUACUCUGACACCAAGAGUCCAGGCACCUCUUUGGGGGCUGGUGGAGAUCAGCACUUGCAGCAGCACCCUCGCACCCCUAUCAGCGAGGGCCCUCCUGACAAACUGGACAGCCAGGUGAGCAGAGAGAUGGGCCCAGCAGGGGGCGAAUCCACUCGAAGGGUCCCUGAUAGCAGAUGUCACAAGAAACUUCUGCAGCUUCUCACCUCCCCUACAGACGAGUCGGCACCCCCCAAUCAAACACCAAGCUCUGGAUCCACCUCCACACCCGAGAAUAAAGACGGAACACUGGGCGUCACCAGCCCUUUUUCUUCCACAGGAGUAUCCUCCUCUACAGGUGGAAACCAUGGUGCUGUGUCGUCCUCUGGUGGCACGGGUCAUCUAUCAAAUCAGUCACUUCAGGAAAAGCACAAGAUCCUCCACAAGCUCCUUCAGAAUGGGAACACUCCCGACGAGGUGGCUCGCAUCACAGCCGAGGCCACUGGGAAGAGCACCUUCAAUUCAGACUCUGGAUCUGCGGCCCCUGGCGGAGUUAGGGGAUCGGAAUCAAAACAAGAGCAGCACAGCCCUAAGAAAGAGAAGCCUCAUGCGCUCCUUCACUACCUCCUCAAUAAGGAUGAUUCUAAAGAAAGUAGGGAUAUCAAGCCAAAGCUGGAAGAGUUGGAAGGGAGGGCAGCUCAGGGGGCAGGGGUCACUAACUCAGAUAUUGAUGGAAAGGUCAAACUGGAGCCAUCUGAUGAGACUGAGACCCUGGAGACCAUUCUUGGUGUCCCAAGGAACAGCUCUGGCUUCUACCCGGACCCAGACUCCAGAGCAGGGAAGGAAGUGGGAAGGAAACAAGGAAAUAUGCCUGACACUUUCAUUGGAGGAGAGAAAGGUCCUGUGCCACUAGGCCAGCAUGGUGUCUAUCAAAGAACCUUGUCCAUGGAUGCCAAACCCAUGGCUGGAGAGGGAGCAGCAGCAGCAGCAGCAGCAGCAGCAGCCGCCGCCGCCGCCGCCGCCGCUGCCGCAGCAGCAGCAGUAGGAGGAGGAGGAGGCCUUUCUGUGAGAAGGAACGUCCCAUGUCCCACGUUGGUCAAACAGGAAAAAAUGGAUGUGCCAAUCCGACCUGGUGGUGUAUCCAAUGGCUUUCCUGGAGGCAUCGGUGUUGGUCCACCACGGGGAAAUCCAAGAGGUAUGGGCCGAGGUAUGGGAAUGCCCCAGCGCCCUCCCGUGGCAGGAAUAGGGGAGUGGGGGAUGCGGAGGAACAGCCCUGUGGCCGGACCAGGACACCCAGGCAUGGCUCGCUCUGGCCCAAUGGGAGGACCGGUGAUCAACCGCUCCAACAGUGUUCCUGGAAACACCAGGUCUAUGUUGCAGCAGCAGCUCAUGGAUAUGGGUACCAAUGAAUCCAAUAUGAGGAUGAGCCCGUUUGGUGGACACGGACCACCACCACAGUCCCCAUCCUGGCCAGACUCUGCAAUGGGAAUGGACAGACCACAAAGCAACUCUAACAUGGACCCGUUUGUACACCCCCUGGAUGAUUUACUGGGCUCUGUGGCCAACAGUGAGGGCCCACCUGAUGAGCGAGCGCUUUUGGACCAACUGGAUUCUCUGCUGAACACCGCUGAUGUCAUUGCUCUGCAGGAGAUUGACCGAGCCCUGGGCAUCGCUGAAAUAGUAAGCCAGGGACCAGAAGGUCAACCGCGGGGCCAGGAGCAAAGACAGAGUCAGCGCCCAUCCUCGGAGCCUUUCCCACGGCCGGAGUCCUCCAUAGCCAUGGACCCAAAAUCUAUGUAUGGCCAGGGUUACCCCGGACCCCCAGGUCCCCCAGGUCCCCCUUCCAUGGGCAUGCAAGCUGGGUACAGCAACAACGCAAUGCAAGGCCAGUCUCCAGGAGGCUUCAACCCUAUGAUGAAUCAGAUGGGUCAAACAGGGGCCUUCCCUGGCAUGGGGGGUAUGGGCAACCCCCGUGCAAACAUGAUGAGACCGCGUAUGAUGGCUGCAAAUCCCCUCCGACUGCAGCUACAGCAGAGACUGCAAGGGCAGCAGUUUAUGAACCAAACCCGACAAGGCAUAAAGAUGGAAAAUGCCCCUGGAGGAAAUCCUCCCAUGCGUCCAGGCUUGCAGCCUGGCAUGCAGCCUGGCAUGCAGCCUGGCAUGCAGCCUGGUUUGCAGCCUGGCAUGCAGCCUGGCAUGCAGCCUGGCAUUCAGCCUGGCAUGCAGCCUGCAGGCAUGGGGACUCAGCCUGGUUUCCUGAACGCCCAGAUGAUGGCUCAGCGCAGCCGAGAGAUGAUGACCAUGCAGAUGAAGAGGCAGCGGAUGAUGAUGCUGAUGCAGCAGCAGCAACAACAACAGCAGCAGCAGCAGCAGCAGCAGCAGGGGCAGGGAGCAGCAGGAGCCUUCAGCCCUCCUCCAAACGUCACUGCACCGGGAGGCAUGGACAGCCCCAUGGUCAGUCCUGUCUUAAACCAACCUGGGCAGCAGGGCUUCAACUAUGGAGGCAACUAUGGGAUGAGCCAGCAGGGGGACCCAUCAUUCAUGGCUCCAGGUAGCAGCCCACCAGGAAAUAUGAUGCAAGGACGAAUGGGUGGCCCUCCUCAGAACACCAUGAUGCAAGGAAACCCACAGGGAGGACCCAUGUACUCGAGCGGAGACACGAAGGCCUGGCCGCAAGGAGGAAUGCCACGCAACAAUUCAUACUCGCAGCAGCAGUACCCUCAGCAAGGCAACCAGGGCCAGUUUGGACCCAUGAUGAUGAACAGCCCCAUGGGUGGGCUGGGUCCAGUCAGUGGGGCCGCCGCAGGACAGAUGGGACAAAUGCCAGGACAGAUGCAGGGCCACAUGGGCAUGAACCCCAUGGGAAUGGGUAGAAUGCCAAUGGGACCUGAUCAGAAGUAUUGUUGAGGAGAGGACCUGUGGCAGGAAGUGACGCCUUUCAACUGUAGCAGAACAGCUGGGACUACACACACACACACACACACACACACAAGCGGUGCAAGAGACUCAAAUGUACUGCUCAUCCAGAAGGAAGUGGGCUGUGAGGACACGCAUGCAUCAGGUUUCAUCUCCAACUGAAACGUCACAAGUCGAUUAUGAUUAUGCACAAACACAAAGUGAGUGUGUGUGUGUGUGAGUGUGUGAGUGUGUGAGUGAGAGACAUGACUGAGCCGCAGCUGUCCAACAGUAUUCAGUGUCACAGUCCGGCUGCAGUUUGGGAUGAUGGUACAACAGGCUGUGACCGCACUUUACCCAGAGGCUCCUGUGUGGAAAAUCAAGAUUGAUGCAAUAUUUCUUCGUCAUCAACCCUUUACUAGAGAUUCAAUGCCUUCACAAAAAGUUUUUUUUUUUCUUUUCUUUUUUUCGGAUGCGCCUCAUUCUUGAAGUCAUUAGAAGCUCGGCACAGUUUUCUAUGUCAUGCAGAUUGGAGCAAUAAUUAUUGCGUGGAUAUUUUUGAGUGUCUGUCACCCUGUUAUCAGCAAACACACGGUACUGUGCAGUAUUAGACGUCUCCAGUGUCCUCUGUGAACAUGAACUGUAAAUCUACGACGUAUAUCAGACGUGCUCUCAAAGGCCUGUUUUUGCACACAGUGUGUUUGUGUUCCACAGGUCAUGACAGAUGUGUUCGGUUCUGUUUGUUAGUUUUUGCCUUUUUGGCAGAUGUUUCGGGCAUGUUUGGGUUUUCCUUCCCUUCUCAGUCAUUUUCUCAAUGCUGUUGUUUUUUUUUGUUUUUGUUUUUUAUUUCCUGAAGAGUCAUGUUUUAGUAAGGCACUUUUUAUGACUUAAAGGUUUGAGCCCUCACACUGUCAAAACUAUCAUAGGAAAAGUGAUGGAGAUGAAUUCUUACUGGUCUGUCCAUGAUGUUAAAUUGAUAAUUGGAUGAAAUGUGUGUGUGUUACAUUAUGAGGAAAAAGCAAGUCCCCAUUAUGUAAAGAUUACAUUUUAAAGUGACGCUAUGUUUAAGGGUUUGGGGUAGUUGACAUAAUGGCUAUCUGAAGUCAUGGACGUGUGUGUGUGUGUGUGUGUGUGUGUGUGUGUGUGUGUGUGUUUCACUUCAGUGACAAACCUGCUCCUGACAGAUUUCUCUCUCCCCUCAGUUUUGUCCGUUCUUCACAUAAUCUCCACUCGCUGAAUCUACCUUUUCAAAACGCGCAAUCCAAAGAUAUUUUUCCACCUCUCUGUAUAGUUUGAGUGUAAAUUUUUUAUGAUAUGCAUUUAUAUUAUUCGGAUGGUAAAUGGGUACAUAUGGAUGUGUAAUUGCAUACGGUGGACUGUACGUGUAUGUGUGUGAGCAGUGCAGUAAAAGGAGAAGUGGAAGGUUCCAACUCCACAGCAGACACGUUUUUACAUCAGAGGAGAAAACAACGCAUGUUUUUGCUGUGCAAGAGAAUGAAAUCCACUUAAAAACAUAUCAAUAUCGCUUCUAUUUUUCUGUAAACGACUCCAUUUAAUGAGCAGAUUUUGUUACUUUGGGGAAAAAGGAACUUUGUACAGUUUGAAUGAAGCACAACAUGAGGGAUGAGAUGGUUUUGGUUUGUUUGAGUUUUUCUCUGUGUGAAGGUAAGAUAAGCUGUCGUUUUACAGGAUGUAUAUUACAGAUUUUUCUCUUUGUUGUUGAUAUUAAUGUAAAUACAAAUUUAUAUUUAAACA